AUGAAAGCAGUGUGCUCUAAGUUUGUGAGAGCCAAAGCAAUGCCUGGUGGUAUGGGGGAUACUACAAAAAAUGCAUCCGGGGCCAUUUGUCCCCAGAUGACAGGGGAUACUAUGAAAAAUGCAACUGAGGCCAUUUGUCCCCAGAAGACACCAGGAUUGAAGACACCAGCCACAACCAAGCCUCCACCAAGAGGCUUGUACUCCAUUUCCGAUGUGUCAAUAGAGGGAAAAGAAAAAAAUGUGUUUGCCAGGUCAGUGGAGGUGGAAGCAGGCCUAAAGACAGUAGCUCCGAUGCAUCAAUUGGUAACAGAGGCAGAGGAGCAUAUGAAGACCCUUCAACACACUAUCCUUCUCUCCGGUAACAGAGUUAUGCUUGGUGCGGCAUGGAUGGAUGAGAAUAACUACCGUCAGUUUCUUCGCUUCCCGGAAGUAUUGUUCAUUGAUGCCACUCACAAGACCAAUAAUGAAGGACGCCCCCUUCUGCUUAUUUGCGGGAGGGAUAGUGCCGGCAAGGCUUUUGUGGUCAUCCAUGUUUUCAUGCCAAACGAGUCACAAGCUUUCUACCGAUGGAUAUUCUUACAGGCACUACCAGCUAUGCUUGGUGUUAGAAAUCUAAAACGAGUGCAUCUUAUAUUGACAGACGGAGAUGCAACUGAGUAUAAUGCUGUUGAUCAAUCCAUCUUUUGUUAUGUGAAGAAUGCGAUUUGGGGCAGAUGUGGGCACCACCUCAUAGAAAAAACAUUCUUGAAACAUGGCCCAAAAGACAGUGAGGUGAAAAACCAAUCUAAUGGACAAGCCAUUCUACUGGAGAUCCGGAGAUGGGUUAGAUCUUGGAUUGACGGGACUUCCUGCCACAGUAAGAAGGAGUAUGAAUUGUCCGAGGCUCUCCUGCUACAAGAACUUCAAACAAACUCUGUACUCAGGCAAUUUGUUGGAGACAAGGCUGCAGAAAAAUGUGUAGGAUGGAUCCUUAAUCACAUUGUUACACUCAAUGACCAGCAGUUUGCCUUUCAUUGCAAGAACAAAAUUCGGUGCUUACACAAGUACACUACCAAUGCUACUGAGGGCAUGAACUAUGCAGCGAAGCACAGUGGCAUGUCAGCACAGCCACAAAAUGACAUGAAGACCUCUGCCUCCAAUAUGUCAGCAUAUAUGGAUAUCAAAAGUUGGGACCGGGAGUAUACCCAAAUGCGAAUGACCAACUCUACACCUUUGUAUUUUGCAACAGACUCAAGGGUUCACAACAUAGACCUUCCCUUCCUUCUUGAUUUGUCGCAUAGCAGUAGCAUUCCUACCUGUAGACCGUCCAGACAUCUUAAUUACUUCACUGCACCAAGUCUCCAACCUUAUAAAAGCAAGGACUUGGCACAACACAAUGGGGCUUUUAUGGUACACACUGACAAUCUCUUUGCGCAAUGA